UCUCCUCUCUCUCUCUCUCUCUCUCUCUCAAGUAUUGUCGGGGGAUUCUUUUCUUGUUCUUUUUUAAGUACCACAAUUUCCACCGCUGCUUUCUGCAGUAGAAAGGAAAUAAGGGGGAGAGAGAUUGGGAAAGCAGAAGCUUCGCCUUCAAGAUCAAUCCUGAGGAACACAGUGUAGAGGAGGCAAGAAGCAACAAAUCCGAUCGAGCAAAGGAUGAAAGCCAACCCGAGGAAAGAGGGAGGAGGAGGUAAUGGAGCGUCCCCUCCCAUUCCGCUCCUCCCCUGUUUUGACGUGAAGGCCUUCGUAGCCACCCUUGUAGUCCUCACCCUCGUCAUGGCCAUGUGGCAGCUGCAACCCUACGAGUCCCUCUUCACCUCCCGCUCCUCCUGCCCUCUCGCCACCGCCACUUCCAACACUGUCACCAGCGUCCGGAAAUCGGGGCUCUCUCUCACCCCUGAUUCCGCCUUCAACUCCACCGCCCUGAAGCCACUUCCAAGCUCCAAUCUUUCGGUUCCCACCGCCAAGAUGAGAACCCCCGCUUUGGACCGCAACAAACGGGUCUUCCAGGCCUACGGCAGCGCCGCCGCCCUCUUCGUCCUGAUGGGCGCCUACCGCGGCGGCCCGGCCACCUUCGCCGUCGUCGGGCUGGCCUCCAAGCCCACCCACGUCUACGGUAGACCCUGGUACAAAUGCGAGUGGGUUCCCGACCCCAACCCGUCCGCCGCCCCCAACGCCACCUCCCAGCCACAGCCAGUCCGCGCCAAAGCCUACAAGAUGCUGCCGGACUGGGGCUACGGCCGCGUCUACACUGUCGUCGUCGUCAACUGCUCCUUCCCUUUCAACCCCAACACGGACAACGCCGGCGGCAAGCUCCUCCUCCACGCCUACUACUCCACCAAGUCCCGGAGGUACGAAAAGUUCGUGGCUCUGGAGGAGUCCCCGGGCUCCUACGACGAGUCCCGCUUCCGGCCACCGUUCAAGUACGAGUACCUGUACUGCGGCUCCUCUCUCUACGGCAACCUGAGCGCGAGCCGGAUCAGGGAGUGGAUGGCCUACCACGCCCACUUCUUCGGCCCCAGCUCCCAUUUCGUCUUCCACGACGCCGGGGGCAUCGGCCCGGAGGUGCGAGCGGUGCUCGAUCCAUGGGUGAGGGCGGGGCGCGCCACCUUGCAGGACAUCCAGGCGCAAGCGGAGUACGAUGGUUACUACUACAACCAGUUCCUGGUGGUGAACGAUUGCUUGCACAGGUACCGGCAUGCGGCCAAUUGGACCUUCUUCUUCGACGUGGACGAGUACAUAUACCUGCCCCAGGGGCGGACGCUCGAGUCCGUGCUGCGUAACCUCUCCGACUACACCCAAUUCACCAUCGAGCAGAAUCCCAUGUCCAGCAAGCUGUGCGUGCAGGACCCCAAGAAAGACUACUCCAAGGAAUGGGGGUUCGAGAAGCUGGUGUUCCGCAACUCCAUCACCGGAGUAAGGAGAGACCGCAAAUACGCCAUCCAGGCCAAGAACGCGUAUGCCACGGGCGUCCACAUGUCGGAGAACGUCAUCGGCAAGACCACCCACAAGACGGAGGACAUGAUCCGAUACUACCACUACCACAACUCCAUCAAUGUGUUGGGCGAGCCAUGCCGGGAAUUUGUGCCGCUACCGGCGGCAGGCAACGUGACAUGGUUUGAGAAGAUCCCAUACGUUUACGAUGACAACAUGAAGCGUGUCGCCGACACCAUCAGGCGCUUCGAGAAGCAAACCAUAGGGACCAUUCCGGCGUGGUAAUAACCAUCUUCUUUAAGCCUCUGCCGCGGCAUCGGUCCCAUGGUAAGGGGAGAGAAGGUAAAGGAGAGGAGCUCUUCCCUCGCUGUAAGUUGUUGUAUACAUAGACGCUCCUUUUUAGUUAUUAUUGUUCUCCUCCUCAUGUCCCAUUUAUUAUAAAAAAGGUUAUUUUAUUUGACCA